CGGGAGGACGAUGGAGGCCUCUUGGAGGAAGUCCCAGCUCAAAGGUUUGCUUCGACUCCUCAGGGAAAGAGAGGAGGAGAUCUUCAGGGCCCUCCAUCAGGACCUGGGCAAGCAUCCUGCGGAGGCCUACAGGGAUGAGAUAGGAAGCUUGAUAAAGUCUGUGAACUAUGCAUUGGACGGCUUGAAACGAUGGAUGUCGGGCAAUAAGGACUAUCCUUGGAACCGCUGAUAGGAGCGCUAGCUGCAGGCAAUGCCGUGGUUUUGAAACCUUCAGAGUUGGCUCCGGAAUGCUCUUCUCUUCUAGCCAAUGCUAUUCCUCAUUAUUUAGACGACAAAGCUGUGAAAGUCAUUCAAGGUGGUCCUGGCAUUGGAGAACGACUUCUGCAUAAAAAAUGGGACAAAAUAUUCUUCACAGGGAGUACCCGGAUAGGACGGAAAGUCAUAGCGGCAGCAGCGGAGCAUCUAACGCCCGUUACUCUGGAGCUUGGUGGAAAAUGCCCUGCCGUGAUAGACACUCUCUCCAGCUCUUUCGACAGAAAGGUCGAAUUGAUGAAGGUGUGAUGAAGAUGUUUGCAGAAAAUCCAAGGGAGUGGCGAAGUGUUGCGAGAAUCGAGAAUAAGUAUCAUUUCUUAAGAUUGUGGAGCCUUUUACUCGAUCCUCUGGUCGAAUCUUCUAUUGUCUACGGGGGAUCAAUGGAUGAAGAGAGCCUGUUUAUUGAGCCGACGAUCUUGAUGGAUCCUCCACUUCAAGCGGCAAUCAUGAUGGAUGAAAUCUUCGGCCCAUUACUUCCCAUUGUAACCCUGAACAAGAUAGAAGACAGCAUCGAGUUCAAAAACUCAAGGCCUAAUCCGUUUGUCAUCUAUGUCUUCACUAAAGACGAGCCGCUGAGGAGGAGCAUGGUAUCGAAGACAUCGUCUGGGAGCAUCGUAUUCAACGAUGCAAUCGUUCAGUAUCUAGCCGAUACUCUCCCAUUCGGUGGAAUUGGUGAGAGCGGGAUGGGCAGAUAUCACGGGAAGUUCUCCUUCGACACCUUCAGCCACCAAAAAGCAGUGGUGAGAAGAAGCUUCCUCGUCGACUUCUGGUUCAGAUUCCCGCCUUGGAACGAUCACAAGCUGCAGCUCUUCCGGUCGUCAUAUCACUAUGACUUCCUCGGGAUCGUUUUGACUGUGCUGGGCCUGAAGAGGACGAACAGAGCCUCGAAAGGCAUCUAGACGUCUAACCGAGCAUGCCUGCCAUGUCCUAUGAAGCAUCCUCGUUAAUCUAAAGAAGAUAAUUCCAUAUAUGGCAUCAACUGGCUGCGUUUGCAAAGCUUCCGGCGUCCGUCACUCCCGUAUCUUUCACUGAAUAUGUAUGGUGCGACCUUCUACCACUUUAGAACUAUGAAGAGAUUGCUUUAUACAUGCACGGGGAAGAGGGUUGGUUUGUCAUAGAUUCGACCUUUCUUUAGAAGAUCAUUUCACGUACCAAACUCCUGCCGUCUCAAAGAUCACGAACCAGAUCCUCUAGUUCCGAGUUCAUGUACUAUUCCACAUUGCGAAAGCACGUGUUCAUCGAGUUUAGCAAUA